CCCAACACCGGGGCCUUCCGGGGGCCCAGCGCCUGCGCGCCGCGGCGGCAAUGGCUACGCCAGCGAAGCGGAGGCUUCAAUCCCAACCCCAACCUCUGUCCGAGGAGAGCGGCUCGGAGCCGGAAUCGGAGGAGGAGUCGGGCGAGUCGGAUUCUGAGGAAGAGGAGAAGAUCGAUGAGGAGGUGAAUAUUGAAUUUGAAGCACAUUCCAUAUCAGACAAUGACUACAAUGGGAUAAAGAAAUUGCUACAACAGUUGUUUCUAAAAGCUCCUGUUAACAUUGCUGAAUUAACUGAUAUAUUAAUACAACAGAAUCAUAUUGGAAGUAUUAUCAAGCAAGCAGAAGUCCAAGAAGAAAGUAGUGAUGAUGAUGAAGAUGAUGAUGAAGUCCUUGGCUUUAUAAGCUGCUUAAAUUUAACAGAAAGGAAGGGUACACAGUGCACUGAACAAAUCAAGGAGCUGAUUCUAAGUCACUGUGAGAAGAGCUGUGAACAGCAGGUAGCUGAACAACUGGAAAAGCUCCUAAAUGACAGCUCUAAGCCUGUGGGUCUCCUGCUAAGUGAAAGAUUCAUUAAUGUUCCACCCCAGAUUGCUCUGCCCAUGCACCAGCAGCUUCAAAAAGAGUUGACUGAGGCACACAGAACAAACAAACCUUGUGGAAAGUGCCACUACUAUCUUCUCAUCAGCAAGACCUUUACAGAAGCCACAAAGAGCAAUGCAAAGAGUAAGGGAAAGAGAAAUCAGCAAAAGGAGGAAUUAAUGUUUGCAAAUGCAGAGGAAGAAUUCUUUUAUGAGAAAGCCCUUUUGAAGUUCAGCUACUCUGUGCAAGAGGAAAGUGACACCUGUUUGGGAGGCAGAUGGUCCUUUGAUGAUGUACCAAUGAAGCCUUUGCGGACUGUUAUGAUAGUUCCAGCUGAUGGAAUUAAUGUAAUUAUGGAGAAACUCAAAGAUUAUCUCUCACUCUGAAUGGUCCUAUAAACACCUUUUAUUUUUUUUGUAAAGCAGCCAUGCAGAACUCUGACAAUCUUUUCAGGCUGCUCUUAAUGGUUUUGUUCUGCUCAAAUGCUUCCUCUGUGCACCUAAAAGACAAGUAGGUGGUACAGCCAAAAAUACCCAGCAAAUUAAUACAUUUAAAUACUGUGUCUUACUACAGUCUGCUAUCAUCAUUAAGCAGUCAAUAAAAAAACAAUAUCACAAGGAAACUUGAAGAUCUACUCCAUGUGUUUUUAACCCAACUUAAAUUGUCUAUCUUUGUUACAAAACAAUACAUGCAACUCCUUUUGUUUAAGAAAAGUGCUUUUUCUGUAUGUUUCUUCCAUCAAAUGUAUUUGUCAAA